AUGGAUGUGCAUCUCUUAGUUUACGACUUGUCCCGAGGACUCGCAAGGCAAAUGUCACAGAGCAUGUUGGGAUUUCACCUAGACGCAGUCUACCAUACUUCCAUACAACUAAAUGGUCGCGAGUACGUCUAUGAUGGUGGUAUCGUGGAUAUCAAGCCAGGGUCCUCUCAUCUUGGUCAGCCGUUGGAGCGGAUAUUCCUUGGCAGAACGGAACUACCUAUGGAAGUUAUCGAGGAGUUUUUGGAUUCUCUCAGACCGAUAUUCACAGUCGAGGCUUACGACUUAUGGAAGCACAACUGCAACAACUUUUCGGAUUCGUUCUCCCAGUUUCUUCUAGGCAAAGGUAUUCCGGAUCACAUAAUCAAAAUGCCCGACGCUGUUCUCAACUCGCCUUUCGGCAGAAUGCUCAUGCCCCAGUUAAACCAGACUAUCAAUUCAAACAGGCAAAACGGUUCUAUUCUUGGCAUCCAGAACAACUCCGCAACCAACGAAUACAACUCAGCACCACAGUCCGCUGGAUACCAACCUAAGGUUAAUGUCGUUCAUAGCUCACAGGAGUUGGAUGUCGCCCUUGACUCAACAAAGAAGUCAUGCGCCGUAGUUCUCUUUACCUCAGCAACUUGCCCUCCGUGUAGGACCAUUGCACCGGUCUUCGAUGAGCUGUCAGCUGAGGCUGGGGACAAAGCAACCUUCAUCAAGGUCGACGUUUCUCAACUCACGCCUUUACCCGAGAAAAGCUAUCCGCGUGCAACACCAACGUUCGUCACCUACCUGCAUGGUGAAAAGGAGAAUGAGUGGGCAGGGGCCGAUCCGGCUGCCCUUCGAGGCAACGUUCAGCUCCUGUUGCAGAUGGCGUGGCCGCGCCAUCCCCACGAAUCUUUAAGCCUCCCACACUUCUCCAACCCUAACGCUCAGCCAGUCCUUUACUCAAAGGUACCGCCUCUGAGUAAGCUGCUUGCGAAGAUGGGACCAACAGCAACCGAGCCAGCUGUUCAGGGAGUUAAACAGUUUAUCGAAACCCGUGAUCAGCAGGGCCCUGCGGCUGCCAUACUGCCCAACCUAGGCCGAUUGUCAGAGUUCCUAAGAAAGUCGAUACAGUCACUUCCGACCGAAGUUCUCUUUACUAUUGUCGACCUUUUCAGAUGUGCAUUAGUGGACGCAAGGUUCAGCGGGUACUUUGCUGAAGAAAAGAACCACCAGACAGUUCUGGCCAUUCUCGGAUUUGUCAACUCCCAUAGCGAUUGCCCCUAUGCUUUGCGUCUCGUAACACUGCAGAUGACGUGUAAUUUAUUCUCGACGACACUCUAUCCGGAAGAAAUUCUUCGCAACGAAUCUCUCAGAGCUCCUAUAAUUCAACUGAUAUCGUCGAGUUUCCUGGACGAUAACCACAACAACGUCCGCGUGGCCGCGUCAUCUCUCAUGUUCAAUCUGGCACUAACCAGCAACAAGGCAAGACGAGAGCGGAGUGGAGAUGUACUGCCAGAGGGCGACUCAGUAGAACUAGCCGCUUCGGUCCUGGAAGCCAUAGGGCAAGAGGAAUCAUCGCCUGAAGCUCUGCACGGUAUGCUACUUGCACUUGGAAACCUGAUUUACUGCACGCCCCCAGACAGUGAGGUUUCCGAUUUAUUAAGAACUAUGGAUGCGGAAGAUGCCAUUUUGGCCAAGAAAAAGCAGUUUCCAAACGAGAAGUUGGUUAUUGAAGUGGGAUCGGAGCUGUUGGGCAAGGGGCUUAGACGGCCAUGA